GAAGUCAUGUCUUUCCAACCACAAACGAGAUGCUGAUGGUGAGCAUUGACACAGAUCUUCAGAGGAGAGCAUUCAACAUUCACACAGAAGAACUCAUCGUGAUCCAAAAGGAAAGGGACUCCUACACCUUCAACCUGCCAAGGAAGCCUAGCUCCUGCCUGAUCUCCAGAUUUGUCGGUGAGGAGAAGUUCGUCCUGUCGAACACCUCUGACCUUUGCCCCCUGAACUCCUCAGUGCCUGAAGACUUGAAACAACGACUUGUCAGCAGGGCGAAUAUUUCUUCUUACAUGAUCAACAACCUGACUCAUUCAGACUCCGGCCUGUACCAAGAGGAGUGCUGGGCUGACGGCAAAGUGACAUAUGAGAGAAAUAUAACAAUUACUGUAUGUAGUUCAAUAAUUGAAAUCAAAAAUAUAGAUGUGAUACCUAGAGAAACAAUGUGCCUGCCUUGUUUAGGAGGGGCUGACAAGCUGAAUUUCCAGUGGCUCAAAUGGGAUUAUCGAUAUGAGCAAGAAAUAUGGACCAGAAUGUUUGGGGACAAUACAGCAUCAACUAUGGACACUGAUAGAGGAAGACACCGAGUGGUGAAAAACACAUCAGAUCUACUUAUAUCCAACAUCUCAACAAUGGUCUUCACAUUGUACACCUGCCUGGUGAUGGACCAGCAGCAGUGUGUGAGCAGUCACCCUGUUCAGCUUCUGCUGAACACAGAGGGUGUCUAUCGCUCAGUGGAAGACACGGCUGUGUUGCAGUGCCCUGUCACUGAUUUCAGUGAUGGAAAGCCUCCAUAUUGGAAGACUGAUUUCUUUAACAUUGAUAAUGGACAAAAUAACUACACCAUGGUAGUAAUGGACCAAAACUAUUCACUGGUGUUAACAUCUUUAAUGUUGAAUCACUCCGGUCGGUACUCUUGUAAUACCCGAACAACUCUGAAAUCAUAUCUGCUUGUGGUGUGCCCCAAAUUUGCCCCCCCUGCUGAAGAGCUCUUCUCUGGGGGAGAAGAAGUCACUCUCAGAUGCAAAAAUAGCGAAAAGGGAUUGCGUCACCUCUGGUUCUUUAAGUCGAACCGAACCAAAGGAAGAACCUUUAGUGUAGAUUCUUACCUGAUCAAGAACAUGCGCAGUUAUACUGAUUUGAACUUGGUCAUUCCUAAUGUCUCACUGCAAGACACUGGAGAGUAUUGGUGUGCAGUUCUUGACCCUUAUCUGCAGUGUAUGUUUUCAACCAAAACACUUCUGAAGUACAGAGAUCCCUUUGGCGUUCACUCCACCUUCUACGCGGUGAGAUGGUCAGCGUUCAGUGUUCUGCUGCUGGCUCUCUGUGCUGUUGUAGUCACUGUGACCCUGUGGACCAGAAGACGGGACUCUUAAUAUGUACAGGUUGAUUUCAGUUCACUGUAUGUCAUCGUCUUUAAGACAGUGUGUCAUAAACUGGAUUUUAAACAAAGUAUGCUGGAGAUUCCUACAAAUAACACGUCGGAAUUUAAUUGUAAGAGACGGAGAAAUAAGAGAGAGAGGGAUUACAAAAACCAAGGGCUGUAAAAUGUCUCAUCAUUAUUAUUAGUAGUAGAAGUAGUAGUAGUAGUAGUAGUAGUAUAAAUACCCUCAUAAUACUCAGAGAAAAGGUUUUGAAUGUUGGAUAUUUGUAUAUACAGUAUAUUAACUAUAACAUACAUUUGAUUACAUAUCGAUCAGUUAUAUUAUGUGGCAUAUAUAUUUUUGAUGGUCUUGCUAUUCUUGUAAAUAUAUAUAACUUUUCAAUUAUCAUCCUUUUAAAUUGCAUUUACAUUAAAUGUUUGUAAUUCACUUAUAUUAUAUAUUUUUUAUAUUGAUGGUUUAUUUCAAAUCAAAUGGGUAUGUGAUUAUCAUUAAUGUGGAUUUCUUUUUUCUUUUCUGCAUAUACAGUAUCAUAGUUGUAUCCUUCAUUAUUGUCAGCAUGAUAUUAUGGGUUAUAAUUCCUUGAGCUAUAUCUUCCAAUAUAAGUGUCUCUAUAAUGAAGGCUAUCAAUACAACCAGCUAGUCAGUUCUUGUUGGGUUUUUUUCUGAUCUUAACCGUUACUGUA